AGCAGAAUGAAAAAGAAACCCUCGCAAGAAGCCAGUAAUGCAUUCGUCUGCCCCGAGUGCGGCAAGAGUUUCACACAUAAAGGACACUUCAACGAACAUGUGAAGAUCCACUCUGGAGUCAAGCCUUUCAGCUGCCCUCACUGUCAGAAGAGCUUCACCUGUAGAGGACACCUGAAGCGCCACAUUCGCAUCCACACCGGCGAGCGUCCAUACGCUUGCGAUCAGUGCGGGAAGAGCUUCAAGUGCGCCACCAACCUCAAAGACCACCAGCGCUCGCACUCGGGAGAACGGGCUUUCAGAUGCCAGCAGUGCGGGAAGAGCUUCAUUCUGGCGUCCAACCUGAAGGCGCACCUGAAGAUCCACACUGACGAGAAGCCGUACAUUUGCGGCGUCUGCGGGAAGGGCUUUCUGCGACUGGGCUGCUUCAGCGAUCACCAGAAGAUCCACUCGGGCGAGCGAGCGAGCGCACAUGUGCUUCGAGUGCGGAGACACGUUCACCAGAUCCAGCGCUCUGAAGCAGCACCAGAAGAUCCACAGCGGAGAGAGACCCUACAGCUGCUCGCACUGCGGGGAAGGGCUUUACUCACUCGGGAGCGCACACCGAAGAGAGACCCUACCUCUGCACCGCCUGCGGGAGGAGCUUCACUCAGUCCAGCGAUCUGCAGAACCACAGAAAGAAGCCCUGUCCCAUGCUGCCUCGCUCCAGUGCAAACACUGUGUAAAGACUAGAUGCAAUCUGACGGGGAUGUAACGAUAUCGAUAUGAGAUUAUUGCGAUAUGAAGUCCGUGUUAGGAUAUUUAUUGCAAUAUUUUUAAAAAUAAAGACAAAUUUGUAUGUUUUAACGUUGCAUUAUUCUAUCUAAUGCUCUUUGAAAGUUCAAAAUUACCCAUUAACUUUCACCCCCCCAUUUUUUAAAAUAGGCA